CAUAACUUAUUUACUAUUUAGUGACUUUGUAUGAACAUCAGUUUCUUUAUUUUCUUUUCAGCACUUCCGAUUUUUGAGCCUCUGAUAAAUUAUCUUACCUUCUUUGGUACAAGUGAUAAUUUCACUCCUUUCCCAGGGGGAACUACGUUGGAAGGACUUUGAUAUUAUGGAGGAAGCUGAAGGUGUUGGCAAGAACAUCACUAAGGAAGUUGAUGUUUACGUUAAUGGUAGCACUCUGGAGAUUCACCUAUACUGGUCAGGGAAAGGAACUACAACAAUUCCCAACCAGGGAACAUAUGGACCUCUUAUAUCUGCUAUUUCAGUGACGCCAAGCUAUAAACUUCAUACUGGACUAUCUGCUGGAGCUAUUGCUGGCAUUGUGAUUGCUUCAUGUGUGCUCCUUGUGUUGAUCCUAGUUGUACUCCGAAUGAAGGGUUACCUUGGUGGGAAAGACCUUGAAGAUAAAGAACUUCGAGCACUUGAUGUGCAAACAGGUUAUUUUUCCUUGAGACAAAUCAAAGCUGCAACCAGUAACUUUGACCCUGCGAACAAAAUUGGUGAAGGAGGAUUUGGGCCAGUUUACAAGGGAGUAUUGUCAGAUGGUGCUGUUAUCGCUGUUAAGCAGCUCUCCGCUAAAUCAAAGCUAGGAAAUCGUGAAUUUGUCAAUGAGAUAGGCAUGAUAUCUGCCUUACAACACCCAUAUCUUGUCAGGCUCUACGGCUGUUGUAUUGAAGGAAACCAGUUGUUGCUAAUAUAUAAGUACAUGGAAAACAAUAGUCUUGCCCGUGCACUCUUUGGUCGUGAGGAGCACUGCCUAAAACUGGACGGGCCAACAAGAAAAAGGAUAUGUGUGGGGAUAGCAAGGGGGCUAGCUUAUCUUCAUGAGGAAUCAAGGUUGAAAAUUGUUCACAGAGACAUUAAGGCCACCAAUGUGCUGCUUGAUAAGGAUCUGAAUGCAAAGAUAUCUGACUUUGGUUUGGCCAAACUUGAUGAAGAGGAGAACACCCAUAUCAGCACACGAAUUGCUGGAACAAUAGGAUAUAUGGUUCCUGAAUAUGCAAUGAGGGGUUAUUUAACAGAUAAAGCAGAUGUUUACAGCUUUGGAAUUGUUGCACUAGAGAUUGUCACUGGAAAAGGCAACACAAAUUACAGGCCAAGGGAGGAGUUUGUUUACCUUCUUGAUUGGGCCUAUGUCCUACAAGAGCAGGGAAAUCUUUUGUCACUUGUGGAUUCCAAUCUCGGUCCAGACUACCCUAAACAAGAGGCAACGAAUAUGUUAAAUGUCGCUCUCUUGUGCACCAACAUAUCUCCCUCCCUUAGGCCAUCCAUGUCUUCCGUGGUGAGUAUGCUCGAAGGCCAAAGUCCCAUACAAGCACCUGUGAUCAAGCGCAAUUCACUGAAUGAGGACAUGACGUUUAAAGCCUUUGAGAGGCUAACGCAGGACAGCCAGACACACGUCUCUACGUUCUCUGUAGACAGUCAAGUGCAGAGGAGCACAUCAAUGGACGGGCCAUGGAUUGAUUCCUUGGUUUCUAUCCCAAGUAUUAAUGAGGUUCGGGACCAUUCUUCAUCUAGCAAGCUUCUUCUGGAUCUUUAUGAUGUAAAUUUAGAAUGAUGAAAUGAACAUAUAAUGCAUACAUUACUACAAACCGUUUUUGAGGCUUCUUCUUCUUCUUCUUUUUUUUUUCUCUUCUCAAAAUUUCUACAGUUUACUUAAAACAAUAUUUAUAUUGUUCUUUCUAGUCUUUUUUAUAUUUAUCGCUACCCAACGCAUUUUAGAGGUAUUUCUUGUAUGAGAAAAAGGUUCAUAGGCUUAAAUGUCCUUGUAUUUGUUUUUGUGUAAUUUGUUCUGUUAUGAAAAUGCCAAAUUGGGGGAUUGUUGCAGUUCACAAGUCAGUUUUCUUUUUUUUCUUUUU